GUGCCCGAGGCGCCCUGAGCGGCCAGAGUUGCUCGCGAGGCAGAAGCGGCGGAAGCGGCAACCCAGCUGGGAAGAAGAAGCCGAAGCAGAAGCGGCCGCUCCGGAGCCGAAAAGACGCGGCGCAGCUCAGCCUCGCCUCGGACCCGGCCGCAGAGGACCCGCCGCCCGCUCGCCGCCUUCUCCUCCUCCUCCUCCUCCGCCGCCCCAUGGGCUCGCCGCGGCGGCCGUGCGCUUGGGCGAGCCUCCUCUGGGGCUGCCUUUCCGUUGUCCUUGCCCAGCAAGUGACGGUCCACCAUGAGGUCACCGGGUUCCUGGGGAAGAAAGUGGUUUUGCCCUGCAGUAUUGCGCUAACUGGGCCUGACGUGAAGCUCAGUCAAGUGACCUGGGUGAAGGAGAUCGGAGGUCGAAGGCAGAAUGUGGCCGUCUACCAUCCGAGCCAUGGACAAAACUACCCAAUGGAGAAGAACAGCAGGAGGAUCCGUUUCCUUGUAGACUCCUUGACGGAUGCCACGCUGGUCAUUGAACACCUCCUCAUGACGGACGAGGGCACCUACUCUUGCGAGUUUGCCACCUAUCCCUACGGCAAUGAAGUCGGCACCACCAACCUGAUCGUCUUAGGUAAGACUUGCUGUGAUGCCCCUCUGGCCCGGCCCACCCCGGCCCUCCCAGGUGUCCUCAUGCAGCCUGUUUUGGAUGCACAUGCUCCCGAGGUUUACAUAGAAGGCUACGACGACAACUGGUAUUUGACCCGCAGUGACGCCGUGCUCAUUUGCAACGCGAGGGGGAACCCCACCCCGGUAGAUUUCUCCUGGACCACGUCCAGUGGGCAACUUCCGAAGUCCGUAGAGGUUCAAGGUGAACGCCUCCUCGUGAAAAGAGUGGAUUACACUGUGAAUACCACCUUCAUCUGCCAAGCCACCAACCGUGUGGGGCAGGUUUCGACGCAGCAAAUCAUCCUCGUCCGGGACCAGCCGGUGAAGAGUCAGAGCCGCAACGUUGGAGCCCUGGUCGGGGGUAUCGUGGGGGGGAUCCUGGCCCUGGCACUUCUGGGGAUCAUAGUCUUCUUCAUCCUGCACCGCCGGCACCUCCGAGCUUCCAAAGGCUCCUUUGAUGCCAAGGCUCGGGCCUUGGGCAACGGCACUGCUCAGCCCCCGACCCACGACUUCACCGAACUCGACCAGCCACUGAAACCCGCCAUGGGGCGAAAACUAGAGGACGACGAGGAGGACGAUUACAGAGAGGAGGUUAUGCGCGAGGAACGGCGGCACCCUCCCUACGGCUACGCCCCGCGGCACCGGGAGGAUGAGGAAGAACGAUUUGACCAGCUGGGCCCCAUUCUGCGAUUCAGCCCCGACCCGCAUGGCUACGAGUACGACGACAUGGAAUCGCAGCACGACGGUUCUAUCAUCUCCAAAACGGCUGUCUAUGUGAUUCGGCGUAUCCGUAACUGGCUCGACUUCUUGGCAUUCGAGCUGGCGUCAGAAGAAUUCCACCGGAAACCUUCCUCUCUCGAAUCUAAAAAUAAGAAUUUGGAGCUGCUGCGAAUGCUUGCUCCCAGCGCCUCCAUGCAUAAUAAGCCCAACCCAGCGGGCGCAGCCACCACUGGGGGCAUCAUCGGAGGCCUCAUAGCCACCAUCGUAGCCUUGGCGGUGGUGGUCACCGGAAUCCUGAUCUGUCGGCAGCAGCAAAAGAACCGGAUGGGUCCUGAGGAGGACGAUUUGGAAGGACCCCCAGCGUACAAGCCGCCACCUCCUUGCCAACUGUCAGAAGAAACGGAGCCGGUUGCUAACGCCACCGGGGCUGAAUGUAUCCCGUUCAAAGCCCCCUACUAUGAACCCAACGUCGCGGACAAUCUCUUUGGAGGCACCGGCCCCACCGCGAAAGAGGAGGUGCCGCGUUACCACGAGCUACCCACGCUGGAGGAACGAGAGGCGGCAGGCGAGGCCGGCCCCAGUCUGGAAGAUGAAUAUUUAGACCAGAUCAACCCCAUCUAUGACGCCUUCUCCUUUGCGGCCACGGACGACGACGAGGCGUUAACAUCCCUGCCCACGGAUAAGGCCUUCGUGAUGUCCAGAGCCAUGUACGUCUAAAUCUACCGGAUAAUCUCAACAGCCACAGUCCAAAAAAAAAUAUAUAUAUAUGGGAUGCUGCUAAAAAAAGAUAUCCUGUGUUGGUCCUGGAGAGAAGCAAUCUCCAUCUUAGGUACCUGUCUCUGUCUCCUGGGCCUUCCAGCUUUCACACACACGCUUUAGGUGGGCAAGAAUCUACCUUGCUCAGAAAGGAUUCACUACUUGUAUGCCUUCCGCUUCAAUCCAGCCAGAACCAGUAUUUCUUCCAGCCUUCCAGUAGUUUUGACAAAUCUGUCCUCUUGACUUCGUAGACUUUCCAUUCCAGAUCUUUCCUCCGAGGGUUCCUGGAUCGAGAUCUAGUAGAACUUCUAACUGACCUGUGCUGCUUCUGAACCCCACAAAGGAUGUUGCCAUCCCGGGGGGUGGGGAAUGUAGUUGAAUGCUUGUGAAUCUGUUUACAGUAACGUCGAAGCUCUCUUGAUACCCGGACGUACUGUGGGGCUUCUCACUCUGUAAGUGCCUUGCACCUUCACCUCAAUGGGGGGUGGGGGGGGGGGGUCUCCCAUCUUCCCCAGAUUUUAUCCACUACCACGAGGCUCCAGGCAAUCUUGUUAAAAGAUUCACAGGAGUCAGCCUCAACUAAUUCUGGACUCUGAAUGCUCUGGAUUGCAGGGUUGAGCAAAGCAUGUUUAAAAACUGCAGUGACGGGCAUCAUGGGGUUUAUUUUUUUGCCCCCAAUCUGUAUAAAAGAUGACUCAAUUAAGCCUAAUUCUUGAACCCUUCAAAAAAACCUUCUUUUUAAAAAAGUCAUAGGCAGAAAGCCUAUACCUGAGACCAGGUAUAAAGAUUGGGCCUUUCCAUGCAUGGAGAAUUCCCCAAAAAAGGGAAACAGAUGCACUGAGGGAAUUCUGAAAUGAAUCGUGCAGAAAUAGUUUUAUAAAACUGCUUAUUAAUCCUGCCCCUAAUUCCACUGCAUUGUAUGGAGAUAUUCUGUUUGGAGUAGGCUAAAAGCACAAUUAAACUCUGCUAGGGAAAGGCUUAUUCUAAAGAUGCAGCUUUGAAAAAAAAAUUCCUUGGAGGCACCAGCAUAUACACUCCCCAAAAUCGUUGGGAAUUGACCAGAUAGUAAGGUUUCCUGUGUAUUGCACAAAAGUGGCCCCCAAAAUUGGUACGCAGGCACUAAGUCUGAUCUGGAUUCUCCCUCACUGUGGUUCCCAAUCCAGAGGGAGUAACCUUUCAACUUUCUAAAUGGAGAGUUUGCUCCAUUUAGGAAAAUCGGUGUGCCAAACUGUUCCUUUUUUUUUU